UGGGCGAUUAGUAUUUUGUAUUUAUGCAGUCAGUUUUACAAGACGUUGAGUGUUGUGUGCUGUUGAGGCAUUUUCCAUUUUUUGCAAUUUUUAUCAAACAAUUUGCAAUGGUGUUCGAAAAGUGAGAAUUUGGUGAACUUGCAGGUGAUAGUGAGCGACAAUCGCGCGCGAAAAAUGCAGUUCAACGGGGAGAUAAUAGGCGAUGGGACGUGGAACUUGAGGGUUUUCGUCACGGACCUACAAACGGAGAGACAAAUUCGAGUAAAGGGAGAUGUACACAUAGGAGGUGUAAUGCUGAGGCUGGUCGAAGACCUAGAAAUCUCGAUGGAUUGGUCAGACCAUGCCCUCUGGUGGCCGGAAAAAAAUAUCUGGCUGAGCAGAACCAGGUCUACGCUUGACCAAUGCGGCGUUCACGCAGAUGCCCUUCUGCAUUUCACACCAAUGCACAAAUCCCUAAGAGUCCAGCUUCCUGAUCUUAGGUAUCUUGACAUGAAAGUUGAUUUUUCGAUAAAAACCUUUUCGGCUGUGGUACACGUUUGCAAGGAACUGGGCAUGAGACAUCCAGAAGAGUUAUCAUUUUGCAAGCCUCUGGAACCAAACCACUUGAAAUAUAAUUACAAAGAUAUGCCAAAGAAAAAGCAUGAGCAGAACGGUACGACGAGGAACGGUUUGUUGGCACCAGAUACAAACACUUUUAUCGCCAAUAGUAGUCCAGUGGGAAGUACAGGAAGCUUAGAGAACAGUAGUCCUGUCAUGUGCGCCCCUGUGACGCCAUCUAGGGGACCACCUUCUUCGACCCCAAUUAACAGUCCAGGCAGUACUGGUACCUGGAGGAAAAACGGCUACGCCAAUGAUUUCAACGGUUCCGGGUAUUCUCCAGGCGUGAACAGCCUGAGUCUGGAACAGUUGAAUGGCAGUCUGGAUAGUAGUUUGGCCCAGAGUCCAUCCACACCCAAUCCGGAAGCAAGAAGAUCGCUGGUCAGGCCCAAGUCACUUAUAGAAAAAGCUAGAAUGAAUGUAGCGUGGUUGGAUUCUUCGCUGUCAAUCAUGGAACAAGGAGUAAGGGAACGGGAUACGUUAUGUUUAAGGUUUAAGUUUUACGUUUUCUACGAUCUGAAUCCCAAAUACGAUGCGGUGAGGAUCAACCAGAUAUAUGAACAGGCCAAAUGGCAAUUGCUUAACGAAGAGAUCGACUGUACAGAAGAAGAAAUGUUGAUGUUUGCGGCUUUACAGUUACAAGUGAAUCUGCAAGCCAGCAAACCUCAACAACAAACCAUACCUGAGAGCAAUGGUGCCUCCUUGAGCCCCCUCGAUGACGACAUUGAUGCAGCCCUCAACAAUCUUCAAACAACUCUAGAAGGGUCCAGUUUAAGUACGCGUUCCAGCGAUAUCACAUCGGUACCCGAACUGAAAGAUCAACUUAGAUUUCUCAAACCAAAGCGAUUCACGCUUAAAGCUUACAAAAAGUACUGGUUCACCUGUCGGGAUCUGCACCUGUACAUGUUUAAGAAUCGCGAGGAUAUGGUACAUAGUUCUAGCUGCGUGAUGGACAUCAACCUGAAGGGUUGCGAAGUUACCCCCGAUGUCAACAUCAGCCAGAAUAAAUAUGUCAUAAAGCUGGAGGUACCUAGCAGCGAGGGAAUGACAGAAAUGUAUAUUCGUUGCGACGAUGAAACCCAGUAUUCGAGAUGGAUGGCUUGCUGUCGUCUGGCGGCCAAAGGUAGGUCCUUGGCUGACAGUUCAUAUGAAACAGAGAAACAAACUAUUUUGGACUUUUUGAACUUACAAAGGCGUGCAGAAGAACCGUACAUAAAUCCCAGCAGCUUGGACAUCCAGGUGGAAGACUUUAUCUCGCCUAAAUACUUGAAAAGAUCCAGAGGGAAGCUCACUCAAAGAAUUUUGGAAGCUCAUGCCAACGUUAAAAAUUUGUCAUUGGUUGAUGCCAAAAUGAACUACAUCAAAGCGUGGCAGUUGCUUCCAGAAUAUGGUAUAACACUCUUUGUGGUUAAGUUUAUGGACUGUAAAAAGGAAGAGCUGUUGGGUGUCGCUUAUAAUCGAAUAAUGAAAAUGGACAUCAACUCAGGGGACCAUCAGAAAACAUGGCGAUUUAAUACGAUGAAAGCGUGGAACGUCAAUUGGGAAAUCAAACACAUGAUGGUGCAGUUCGAGGAGGGAAACAUCGUUUUCAGCUGUCUGUCGGCCGACUGCAAAGUAAUUCACGAAUUCAUUGGCGGUUACAUAUUCUUAUCAACCAGGUCGAAGGAUGCCAGUCAAACACUCAACGAAGAACUCUUCCAUAAACUAACAGGUGGAUGGUCUUAACAAUAAAAACAGCAAAGAAGGAAGAGGAUUUGUUAGAAUUUUUGCGCCUUGUUAACACACAUUAACAAUUUCUAGACCUUAUAAUACUUUAUGCAAAUUGUAGACUUUGUCAAUACCAUCCUAACUGUGCAUAGUGGUAAUAUUUGUUUUUUUUACAGAAUUAACUCGUUAUAUAAACUGUUUUAUUUGUAAAUAGUAACUUGUAUCGUGUUUAUAUUUGUUAAUUAUUGAAAGGGUAUUUUACCAUUUUCUUGUAUGAUUCAAGGUUUGACACAAACCUAUUUAUUAAAAUUUGUAACAUAUA